AAUAAAAGUUUUUCAUGAUCUUCCUAAAAACAACCCUCUUUCAUUUUAAUAACAGAAGAGGUGGCAACAUCUGUCGUUCACUAUUGUCAAAAUCUGUAAGAUAUGGCGACAUUUUUCAGGUUAGGUAGCCGCCAGGUCCUCAAUCAUUUCCUGAGAAAUGAAAAAGUGGGCAUGUUAUCGCUUGUUCGGCCCGUGACUCUAAAGGCUCAACCCGCUUGUCCGCCGAAAGAAAUGGGUCAUGAUGAGCGUAAUAUGAAAUUAGGAAGGCCCCAGUCUCCACACUUGACAAUCUAUGCUCCACAAUUAACUAGUAUGUUAUCGAUUUCCCAUAGAGCUACAGGGAUGAUUUUGGCUGGGUACACCAUAAUGUGGGGUUUAGGAGCGGUAGUUUUGCCUGACAGCAUUCCCUGCUAUCUGGAAGAUUUAGCUGCUGCCAAUGUUAGCAGUAUUCUUUUGUGUGGGACGAAGUUUAUGUUAGCUUUUCCUAUGACUUACCACUUCUGGAAUGGUAUCAGACAUCUUAUGUGGGAUAUGGGGUUAUUCCUCACCUUGAAAGAAGUGUAUGCAACUGGAUAUGUGAUGUUGAUUUUGGCUUUGGGAUCUGCUAUUGCUCUUGUCUCAAUGUAGAUGUAGAUGUAUAUUUUGUUUUAUUGUAAAUUAUUGUAUUUUGAACGAACGGUAUUCAAAAGAACUUAAUAAAUUAUUUGUUUAUUAAAAUAUAUAAAUCAGUUAUAAUAGUUAA